AUGAAAACCCUCACUGUCUCCUCCACUGGCCACCUCUCACCAGCUGGUAAGAAGAUUCUCCCACCUCUUUUCGGAUUAUUGGGGGUCCUGGCUCCCGAGCCCGACGCUGGGGAUGCAGGGGCGGGCGAGAGAUCGGGUCUCGGUGCACCUGGAGCUCACGGAUCCGUAGAAACGAGCAGUUUCCGUCGGGUGUGUAAAUACGUCGCCGUGGAGCUGAAGUCAGCCUUUGAGGAAACUGGCAAGACCAAGGAGGUCAUCGACACGGGCUAUGGCAUCCUGGACCGGAAGGCCUCUGGAGUCAAGUACACCAAGUCGGACUUACGGUUAAUCGAAGUCACUGAGACCAUUUGCAAGAGGCUCCUGGACUAUAGCCUGCACAAGGAGAGGACUGGUAGCAACCGGUUUGCCAAGGGCAUGUCAGAGACUUUUGAGACGCUACACAACCUGGUACACAAAGGGGUCAAGGUGGUGAUGGACAUCCCCUACGAGCUAUGGAACGAGACCUCUGCAGAGGUGGCUGACCUCAAGAAGCAGUGCGACGUGCUGGUGGAAGAGUUUGAGGAGGUGAUCGAGGACUGGUACAGAAACCACCAAGAGGAGGACCUGACUCAGUUCCUCUGCGCCAACCACGUGUUGAAGGGCAAGGACGCCAGUUGCCUAGCAGAGAAGUGGUCCGGCAAGAAAGGGGACACAGCCGCCCUGGGAGGGAAGAAGUCCAAGAAGAAGAGCAGCCGGGCCAAGGCAUCUGGUGGCGGCAGCAGCAAACAGAGGAAGGAGCUGGGUGGCCUCGAGGGAGACCCCAGCCCCGAGGAGGAUGAGGGCAUCCAGAAGGCAUCUCCCCUCACACACAGCCCCCCUGAUGAGCUUUGAGCCUAACCCAGCAUCCCCUGAACCCAGACCCCUGGCGUGGAAGUUGAAGAAUCUGGAGCACGGCUGUGGCAGGCAAAGAUAGCCGUCCCGGCCUCGGUCCUCCCUGCCUCGGCUGUGCCCUCUUCCUGUCAGGGACAGACACAGCUCUGGGAAGAACUCAGAGAGCUGCGGUCAGCCCGCACUGGCCUUUUCCCUCCGCCAAGCAUUUCUCUCCUGGCAAGGCUUCAGGCAGGCCAUGCGAUUUCAGGACUGCCGAAAACUUCAGUGUGAACUCGGGAGCAGCAGGUGUCGCUGGGCCCCGGGACUGGAGCCCUCUGGACCCUGUGGGGAGGGCACAUCUGGCCUUCAUCUCCCCUCACUCCUGCCCCCACAGGAAAGCAAGACUACAGGCCCCAGCUCCUCUCUCUCCCCCUCCUGUGGACACCUUGUGCUCUGCCUGGCCCUCCCCAGGGUUCACAGAGUAAAAACCUUUUGGCCUUUUUUGUUCUGA